AGCAAUUGGCAUCCAAUUCGCUCGCGGCCUCUCUUUGUCAGUCCCCAUUUUGCCUUUUCUUCUUUCUUCUGCUUCUUCUUCUUCUUCUCUUUCCAUUACUCCUCUUCAUCCGCCAUUACCAAACUUUACUCAUUCUCUUCCCCAAUGUCUUCAAACCCACGAAUCUUCCUUCUAUUCCUCCUCGGUUUCUCAUUUUUUCCAUCGUUUUUCUCCCUCCCCCAUCCCGACCCACUAACAAUCCGCCCCUUUCAGGUGAACCAGUCACCGCCGGCGACAAUCCCCGCAUUUCCCGAGCAAUCCGACGUCCAGGGCUGCCCGCUGGACCUCCCCGACGAGCUCUUCCACGGGAUUAAGACGGCGUGCGGCGGUUCCUCAAAAGGGGGUGUCUCCGGGCAGCUCCACCGUAGCCGCUGCUGCCCUGUCCUGGCCGCUUGGCUCUACGCCGCCUACUCCGCCACCGCAUUGCAGAGGGCAGGCCGAGCCGGCGCCGCCGCAGGCCGUACGUCGCCGUCGUAUGACCUGCCCCUGCUGCCCGAUGACUCGGAAACUUGCGUCAGCAACUUGGAUCAAGCUCUGAAUCAAAGGGGAAUCGAACUGGUGAGGCCGAAUGAGACCUGCGAUGUGGUUUACUGCUAUUGCGGCAUCAGAUUGCACCCCUUGAGCUGCCCGGAGGCGUUUUCAGUGACCCAGAAUGGGAAUCUUGAAGGAGAUCGAACUGUGAAGAAAUUGGAGAGAAAUUGCUUGAGUAGUAGCUCCAAUGUCAAUGGAUUUCCAGGCCUUGGUGGGUGUUCCAAAUGCUUGAGAAGUCUUUAUCAGCUCAGCAACAAGGACACUUUGAAUUCAAGCAAGCCAGAGAACAGGACCACCAAGAUGCACCACAAGGAGUGUCAGCUGAUGGGUCUAACUUGGCUUCUUGCCAAGAACCGCACGGCAUACAUCCGCACCGUCACGUCGGUGCUUCGGGCUAAAAUGAUGAGYGGAGAUGGGUCGGAUCCUCAGUCGUGCACUCUCAACAGCGAUGGAAUGCCUCUGGCUGUCGAUUCCGCUGAGAUCUCAGGCAGUUCUGUUUCGACUCCCGUACAAGCACCGCUGUUUCUUAGCCUGGUUUGGCUGGCUUUGUUGUACCAUUUGAUCAUGUUGUUUUCUACACAAUGAGGUUAGAACUUAGAAGGGAAUCACUUAGAAAUUUGUAACUGACCUUUUUUUCUUUCUUUUUUGUGUAGGUUCUUUUGUGCAUUGUGAUUGUUGUUUUUGUAUUCAUGGGGUUUCAGAAAUGAUCUCUUUUUCUCUGUGUUGAUUGGAAAAUGCCAAAUUAUUUUCUGGURUGUCCUCUGAGUAAAUACCAUUUUUGUUUAGGUCCUUAAAA